UACAGUAAUAACUUCAAUAUUCAAUUAAAAAUGCGAGACGAAUAUGUUUAUUUUAAUAGAAUUUGGACUUUAGACGCCAAACAUAGAACUUUUUAUUUUUUAAGUUAAGAAUGAUUUUUUCUGUAAGAAGUUGUUGAUUACUGUUAAAGUAGAUGAGAUUUCAUUUUGAAAAGUUCAAAAAUAUAAAAACGUAUAUAAUAAUAUUAUACUAAUAUAGUAUAAUAUAUAUUAUUAAACAUGCAGUCUACUACAAAUACGAAUACAUCACUAGCAAAUCAUUGGAAACUCUGUAGAUGUGUGGGUUAUUUAAAUUCGAUUUUUUUUGCCACUUUUGGGGCGAUUAUGGCGAUGGCAUUGAUAGCUUAUUUAUUCUACAGUUUUUUCAAACAAUUAUCCAUAGAAGAAAAAAAAGAACGUUUAUGUGGUUUACACCCAAUUGCUAUUAUUUUGUAUCUCAUAAUGAGCUUUGUAUUAUUUCGUGCUAACUGGGAAAUCACAACUAAAGACAUGCCACGUUAUGGAAAUAUUCUUAAUGAAUGGCUCCUUCGCCAUCAAAUUGUAUUUGUUGUACAUUUUAUUUAUUUGAUUAUCUUAUUAUGUUUUUACGAGUCUUAUUAUUAUUGUGUCUUCGACUUUAUCACACUUGCAAUACUAUUGAUAGAGAUAUCGAUUGUCAAAAGGUUCUACAAAAAAUUAACUUGGACUGAUCAUGACAUGGUAGUUGCGAUGAAUAUGCAUAACGUCCUGUAA